CUCCCGAACCCCCACCAUCUAUCUCAAUCGCACAGGUCUGUUUUAAACUGCUCAAAAUAAAGGCAUUUAAAUCCAACGGCCCUGAUUGUAUUCCUAAUCGAGUGCUUAGUCAAUAUGCUCAAGAGUUAGCUGAUCCGGUGGCCAAAAUCUUCAACAAGUCUUUAUUGCACUCUGAAUUCCCUAUACCUUGGAAAGAUGCUAACAUCAUCCCAAUCCCGAAAGCCCAACCGAUAACGUGUGAGGAUGAAACCCGUCCAAUUGCCCUCACUGCCACUCUGUCAAAAGUUUUGGAAGACUUCGUUGUUACCUGGAUGAUUGAUGAUGUCAAAGACAAAAUCGAUCCGAAGCAAUUUGGUAGCUUAAGGGGAUCUUCUACAACAUUCUCCCUUAUUGAUAUGAUUAACAACUGGUUGCAGGCACUGGAUAGCCCAAAACGGUAUCUACGUAUUUGUUUUUUGGAUUUCUCCAAAGCUUUUGACAGAAUCAACCAUAACAUUUUGAUUGCGAAACUCAUAGCCCUUGGAGUAAGAAGAUGAUUGAUCCCAUGGAUAUGUGAUUUUCUUUCAAAUCGUCGUCAGGCAGUGAAAAUUAAUGAGUCUCGCUCGGAGUGGGCUUAUGUAAAUGGCGGUGUCCCUCAAGGAACAAAACUUGGCCCUAUCUUGUUCUUAGUUAUGAUUAAUGAUCUGAAAAUGAAGUCCCUAAACUCCUCUCAUUGGAAAUACGUUGACGAUGUAACGAUUUCUGAGGUUAUAAAAGAAACUGAGGAAUCGCGAUUACAAACUGAACUCAAUGAACUCCAACAAUGGGCAUGUGAGAAUGAUAUGAAACUGAAUGGGUUGAAAUGCAAGGAAAUGGUUGUCAGCUUUUUACGACAAAGUGAUAACUAUACUCCAUUACACAUUAAUGAUCAACAAUUGGAACUGGUUACAUCUUUCAAGAUUUUGGGUUUGACUAUUAAUAAUCACCUUAAAUGGAAUGAUAACGUUGCAAUUAUCGUAAAAAAAGCGUCGAAACGCCUUUACAUCCUUCGGGUGUUGCGUCGAUCCGGAAUUCCACCCGCUGACUUGCUCUCAAUCUAUAACGCCUUAAUCAGAUCUGUUUUGGAAUAUGCUUGUGCAAUCUGGCAUACCAGCCUACCUCAGUAUCUUUCCAACAAAAUUGAACGGGUGCAGAAACGUGCUCUGCGAAUUCUGUACCCUUUCACUGAUUAUGCGGAAGCUCUAUCUAUCAGUCGUUGUUCUCGCCUUGAUGAUAGAAGGCAGUCAAUAUGUCAGAAUACCUUACAAAAGAUUGCUAAUCCUUGCUCGAAACUGUACCACUUGUUGCCGUCAACUCGUGGAAACGUCCAUGGACGGAGUUUGAGAAAUAAUAAUCAAUUAUCGCUUUCCAAAUGUAGAACUGAGAGGUUUAAGAACAGUUUUAUCCCGGCAAUGUGCUAUAGUCAAGUUGACGUAUAGGCCUUUAUGGUCUUAAUUUGUAUAUUAGGUUUUAACAUUUAUAUUAGAUAUAGUAAUUAAUAUUUUAGCAUUUUUGUAAAUUUUAGUAUAUUUCCAU